CCCAUGCGAUUGGUGGAACGGCCCCUGGCGAUCGACGGAUUCUGCGCAGAACGUCACCGGCGCUGAGAAUUCAAAUUUGAAAAGAAGUUGUCGUCACUACAAGUAGACGCGUAUGCUGUUGACUUUCUUCAUUGCGUCGUCCUGUCUUUUUGGACAUUUGACGGUGACUUGGGCACGGAAUGGAUCCUUUUACUGAGAAAUUGUUGGAGAGGACGAGGGCUCGCAGAGAGAACCUACAGAAAAAGAUGGCUGCCAGACCAAACGCCGCAGAGCGACAGAUGGCGAAAAGAACAAGAGAGCCUCUGACGGAUACUAAUGGACCGGUCGCUCGAGCCGUUAUCGAUGAAGUUCCUCAGACGUCCUCCAAACCUUCUCCAUCCAAGCGCAGGUGUUCUGCAGAAAAUGUGAAGCCCGUAGUAGAAAGCGGUCCUAUUCUUCCGGAUCCCCCGACAGACAAGAAACCCCCUACGGUCCCGGCGUGCGUCCGACCUAUACCUUCCGCGGUCGCGACGGACCCUGCUCCGCCUGCGGAGUUGAAGACUGUCCAGCUCGAGCCCCAAAAGAUGGCUACUCACCAGCGGACGACGUCAAAAGUUCCUGUUAGUCCCGCGAGGGAAGACCCAGAUUCGGUGGCCCCUGCCGCUGGUAUGAAGUCACGUCUGCAGAGGCUUGCUGAACAGAGGAAAUGCUGGGAUAGCGCCGACUCCGGCAGCACAGAUGCGACACCUCCGUCCCCGUCGAGAUCCGACGUCCGUCUCCCGACGUCCGCCGCGAGCCGAGGCGGACGGAGAGAAAGACUGGCCGUCCUCGCCGCGACCAUCGGAACUUGGGAAGACGACACGAGCCGUGUCGACGUUUCGAAAGAGAAAGAGCCCGACGCGGGUUUCGCUUCCGUACGGGCACGCGUCGUUUCCGUCAAGCGAAACGACGAGCGUUCGGCGGUCUCAAAUGGGGAUGCAAACAUGUCAAGCCCUGACAAAAGUGACACUCCUGCAACCAAAUCAGCACUCGAUUCAGUAACAAGUUCCCAUGGACCGCCAUCUUCGCAGUCAUCGUCUCAAAGCUCUGUAAAAAGUCCCGAUUUGGCCUCGGAUUCUCAAAAAGCAAAUAUGUCCGGCUCCGCUGUCCCGCAGGCAAAGAACGUUGCUCGUCCUCCAGAUCUGGACGGUAGAUGCUAUCAUUUUUCUGUUGGACGGCCAACAGGAGUCCAGGUGAAAUCCUUCCUGGACCGAUUUCAAGAGAGAUGCCAAGAGCACGCCAACUCCCCGGCGGGGGGGAACGACCGGUCGCCCGCGGUCCUUCGGUCGGCGACGCCGAGCAACACGCCCGUGCGAAACAGGUUUCUGGCCGCUCCGGCCGCCAAAACCGCCACGGCGGAUCUCGCCGAGAAACACAAGCUGGAACGCGAGUCUGAGCUCGCCCAGAUUCGUCGUUGCCACCAGAAGAAUCAUUUUUGGAAAAAUAAAGAUGAACAAUUGGUGGAGGAAAGGGCAGAACCCCACGCUGGGACCGUCUCUUCAGCAUAUACGGAAAAUCCUGAGAGAGCCGCGGACGGCGUCGUUGCCUCAGUUCGGCCAAAAGAUGAAUCGAAAUCCCAUUUGAUCGAAGCUGUGGAAUCCGAUCCUCCAGAUGACACCGAGACGCACGAGGACAAAUUUGGCGAGACGACAAAAGAAGACGACGGAAAGGCCGGAUGGCACGCCGACCGGUCCGUGGAUUCCGCGGUCAUCGACGAUCUGUUCGAGGGAGUUCUGGAGCAGGAGGAGGAAGACGCUUUGAAUAUCUCGUCCAUGUCCCUUCUUACGCCGGUGGCAGAAAGCGUGGCCGCUGUUGUCAAGAGUCCACAGAGGAGCGUGAUGACCUCGACUCCAGCGUGUUCUUUCUUGGAGAAGAAUGAGACGCCAGACGACGUGAGCCAACCUUCCAAAUUCCAGAGAGCCAAUAUAAGGAGUGUCCUAUCCGACAGUAUCGAGGAGGACCAUAAAUUACUUUAUAGUAUCGACGCCUAUAGGUCCGUUCGAUUGAAGGAGCCCGAGAAGGAGGCGCCGGUGAAAAAAGAUGCUCCUCGCAGAGCGGAGGAAGUGCGAGGACCCGCCUUGUUUAGCCUCAAACAGAAGUUGAAGAUUCUGACCAACGAGAUGAACCUGCAGCAAACCAUCAUCCACCAGGCCAGCCAGGCUCUCAACUGCUGCACCGAUGAGGAACACGGCAAAGGAUCCCAGGUGGAGGCUGAGGCAGAGAGACUCUUGCUGGUCGCCACUGAGAAAAGGGAGGCGCUCAAGACGGAGCUGCAGCGUCUGAAGGGCGAGGGUCAGAAAAAAGAGCCGACGGCGUCCGAGAGCGUCUCGCCCUCCGAGGGCUCCGUUUGCCUGCAGGAACUACGCCUGCCCCUCAAGGCGGACUUUGUUUGCUCCGCCGCAAACAAAGCGGAGUCCACCAAGCAUUCUUUCUUCCUCAUGAUUCGGGCCGGAGCCGAAAACACGGUGGCCACUCCCCUGGCGAGCACGCACCGCGGGCUCAGCGGGGACACCCUCACCUUCCCCACAAAGUUCAGCGUAUCCCAUGUCAGCAGUGAGUUUGCCAUUGAUCUUGAAGUCUAUUGUCUGAUUCAAAAGCGUGAAAUUGGUGGCGACAAGAAGAAGAAAGCCAGCAAGUCAAAGGCCAUAACGCCAAAGCGAUUUCUGGCCAUCACGAAAGGCGCCCAAACACCAGUUGUCGCGAGCCCAGGCGGCCCCGGCGCCGUUCGCACCAGCAACUUUGUCCUGGUGGGAUCUCACAAGCUGACGCUUUCUUCUAUUGGGGCAAAAAGGUUUCCUUUGGAAAAGGUCCCAUUUUUGUGUCCUUUGGAGGGCCACGUCUACCUCCAGAUGCUGUGCCAAGUCAGCAUGAAAGUGGAAGAAAAAGGUUUUCUGACCAUGUUUGAAGACGUCAGCGGAUUUGGAGCCUGGCACCGAAGGUGGUGCAUUUUAUCGGGAAAUUGCAUCUCCUACUGGACGUAUCCAAAUGAUGAAAAGACAAAGAAUCCCAUCGGCCGUAUCAACCUAGCCAAUUGUACCACUAAGAGUGUGGAACCGGUCAACCGAGAGUUUUGCGCCCGACCCAACACGUUCGAGCUGAUCACAAUCCGACCGCAAAGAGAGGACGACAAAGAGACUCUCGUUAGUCAUUGCAAGAACACCAUGUGCGUUACCAAAAACUGGCUGAGUACGGACACUAAAGAUGAGAGGAAUGUAUGGAUGAAGAAGCUGAACCAGGUUUUAAUGGAUUUGCGCAUGUGGCAACCAGAUGCCUGUUACAAGCCUCUGUAAUUAAAGCGGGGAGCGCAGACCGGCCGGCCCUUUUGGUAACAACGUGCAAUGGAAUUUACGUGCAUGCUAUCCUACAAUCUAUACGUCAUAGUCAAGUGUGGUUUGGUGGGAAGGGGAAAAAAUAAUGCACCAUGGCAAUACUACAAUAUAUUACGUUUUAUUCAACUUUAUUUUUUUUUAGCUUGAAUGAUUUCCUAAAGUCUGUUGAGUUCUAUGCGCACACAUAACUUUUUGCAAUGUGUGUUAAACCAUCAGCCGUCCGUUUCACACGGCGACCCUAUUUAUUUACCACGAUACAUAUUUUAGAAUGAAAUUGGCUUUAAGCGCACUUAGGAAUGGAUAUUCUGUGGCGCAGCGUUUGCUGAAAUAUAAAGCAAGUACAGUAUGUUCAUUUGAAGACCAACAGUUAUUUUGAGAAGGGGCCGUCCUUCCUUGUUCUUAUGUAUGGCGUGCGCUCGCAACAGCCUUCCGACUCCAUUUGGGUUUUACGUGACCGACGUCUCCGUUAUUCUUUGUUCGUGAAUGUCAACUCGAAGAAACAAAAUCCUUGUUUUUGGCAUGACUU